AAUCUGAAAACGUAAUGCUGUCAAAACCUUUUUAUUAUUUCUGACAUUCGUUUUAAUCGAAAAUAAUUUUGCUCAUAUCGGAACCACAUUUUUUCGUAAUUUUACUAUAAUGUUGAGACCAAAGAAUUCAGAGAACCAAGGGGAAAAAUCGAAGAUUGGUGACGUUUGGGCAUCCAUGGAGGCACGACCUCUGUCAUCUUCUGCUCCCGUUGAUGAGACUGAUAUUCGAUUGCUGAAGGCCUUCGGGGAACAACAUUCGCCACUCUCCGUAAAUGCAACUCGUGAUAUGGAAAUAAUAGGCUCCAACACUAUUUGCAGGAAAUGCUUGCUUUUCACUAAUGUGUGCUACACUUUGGGACAUCAUUUGAAGGAGUGCAAUAAGGAAAUCGUCAAAGAGACCUUCCCAUCUGGUGGAAAUAUGUAGAUGAUAGAUAAAUAAACUAGAAUUACAGCACAA